CUCGGCUCAAAACACAACAGUCGCCCCGCACAUGUUUUCAUCAUGGCGGCCCCCAUCAGAAAGAUGGUUGGUGUGUCUGACGACUCCAGCAGCAGUGACGACGAGGUGCUGAGGAGAUGCCAGGAGGCUGUUUGGGAGGCUAAAGUUAACAAGAAGAAAGAUGGAGACAACAUAGUACCACAGUCAAAGCGUGUUGUUGUUGCCGAACAUGAACAUGAUGGAAACGAGCUCCAGGUCACAAAAGGGUUUCAAACACACGUAGCUAAAAAGUUGGGGAAUUAUCUUGACAACUGUAUAACAGAAAUGCAGACUGAAAAUUCAACCCGUGUUGACUCUGCAAAAAGUGAGGAUGAUGAUGAUGAAGGAUUUCGUCUGUUUUCUUCAUCAGUCCCGGGACAAAAAGCUGAGGAUCCUCCAGCACCUGUGAGGCGUCGGCCUGUACCCAGUUCAAGUGACAGUGACAGUGAAAUGGAAAUGAAGCUGAAGGAGGCAGCAGUGUCCAUCAAAGACCUCUUACCCUCGUUGUCCUUGCCUUCCACGGGCCAAGCUCCCUCUGCAGAGACUCCCUGCUCAGAAAAAGUAAAGAAAAAGAAAAAGAAGAAAGCAACAGAGGAAGAAGAGAACCAUGUUGUUAAGAAGAAAAAAAAGAGGAUCCCGAAUCAAGAAGACAGUGACUCUGUAGCCUCUCUUCUGAAUGCUCAAAACAAUGGUGAACAGGAACACACAGAAGUACAGGUGAAACGGAAAAAGAAAAAGAAGAAAGAAUUAAACAUGACGGACUGAAGAUCUCAGGACCUGGAACACAUUUUUAGCUUUUUUGUCGGUUGUCCAGUCUGCCACUUGAAAUAAUAGAACAGUUGUAUAUUUUACAUAAUUUUGUAUAAAAGAUGCAGCAAGUACAUCAAACUGUAUCAAGAGGAGUUUUUCAAUAAAAAUCUUCAAUGCUUGUUGUUGAAA